AUGUCCCCCCUCUCACCCCUCCAAGCCGAUACCAUACCCCUCCUCUUACCCUUCCUGCUCCCCCCGGCACCCCCUCUGCCCGCACACCUGCUCACUCCUCUGUUUCGACAUCGACUCCUCUACCUACCCCCGGACCUGUCCGAGAUGGACCGCCAGCUCUCCCCUUUCCCUCUCCCCAUCACCUCGGAAGCACUACAGCGGCGCCUCGAGUCCCUGGCUGGCGGGUACACUCUCGGACCCACCAAAUACGCACAUGAUGGCGAGCACGCGGUAGCUCGUACGGGCAUCUGGGAGGAGGGAAAAGGAGAGGAAGAAUGGCGCGAGGGGGAAGGGGUCGAGAUGCACUUUCUGCACGACGCGGAGGAGGGAUGGGGGUUCCACGGUCUCAGACUACCGGGGCAGGCGGAGGAGAUGGGAUUGAGAUGGGCGGACAACACCAGGGAGGUGGAGCCACCAUCUGCGAUCUCGACGGAACCCACCGACGUCGAGGAUAACGGCAGUCUCGACCCCAACACCUACGGGGAGGACGAGCAGGACGCCAAGGACUACUGGGCGGGCUUCUCACCGCCUCAAUCGCCAGAAAUGGGUGCGGUAGGCGGGACGGAGAUCGAUGAAGAGGAGAGGGAGCGGGAGUAUUGGGCGCAGUACUCGAAUGGGCCGAGCAAGGCGGCCAGCCCUGUCAUGUCGCGCAGGGAGAGCGAGGUGGCUGUGCCUAAGCGGGAGAGCAAGCUCGGGAAGAUGGAGCGGACGGAGGAGGGGGAAGAAGAGGUGGAAGGGAGACAUCGGUCAGGAACCAUCAUGGCGUCGAGCUCUACACCCGCCGAGCCAGCAACAUCCGUACCCACUCAAUCCUCAUCCCGCUCUACAUCCCCACAUGUCUCCGGCGCGCCCCGGACCCUUCUACAAUCUCGACUCCGGAUGAAGACACUCUCGCUACUUCAGCGGGAAUGGGCCGACUUCCUAGGGCCCAGCGGAGCGGCGGAUGAGCGGGAAGAGAAGGGUAUCAGGUGGUUGGCGCUGGGCAGAGAAGUGUCGGGAUCAGGGGCGGCGGUUGUUGCAGCUGGAAUGGGAGACGAGGGCGAGGAGAAGGCGAAGCGGACGAUGCGGACGUUGAAGGAGAUGUACGAAGUGUUUGGGGAGGAAGAAGGAGGAUUUUAUAGACUCAUAGAGCAGGCGCUGGGGACGGCGGACGAGGGAGCACUAGGGGGGGAAGGGGGAAUACCUAGAAACUAUUCGUUCGAUCAGGCAACAUACUGGGAGUGA